AUGUCUAAUUAUACUCAUAUUGACCAUUCUCAUGACCAACAAGGUCCAGUUGCCACUGUGUUAUGUUGUAACUGUGGUGUUCCUAUGGAUGGAUCCCAAGGGUUAGUAAUGUGUUAUGAUUGUAUAAAAUUAACCGUUGAUAUAACAGAAGGUAUUCCCCGUGAAGCUAAUGUAUCAUUCUGCAGAAACUGUGAAAGAUUCUUACAACCACCAGGACAAUGGAUUCGUGCUGAAUUAGAAUCUCGUGAACUUUUAGCAUUGUGUCUUAGAAGAUUAAAAGGGUUGAAUAAAGUUCGUUUAGUCGAUGCUUCUUUCAUAUGGACCGAACCCCAUUCUCGUCGUAUUAGAGUCAAGUUGACAGUUCAGGGGGAAGCUAUGGCAAAUACGAUUGUUCAACAGACUUUCGAAGUUGAAUAUGUUGUUGUAGCUAUGCAAUGUGCUGAUUGUGCUAAAUCAUAUACUACCAAUACUUGGAGAGCUACUGUUCAAAUAAGGCAAAAGGUUCCACAUAAGAGAACUUUCUUAUAUUUAGAACAAUUGAUCUUGAAACAUAAUGCUCAUAUUGAUACUAUUUCUAUUCAAGAAGCUAAAGAUGGGCUAGAUUUCUUUUAUUCUCAAAAGAAUCAUGCUGCUAAAAUGUUGGAUUUCUUAAGUUCAGUAGCACCAGUUAAGGGCAAAAGAUCAGAAGAAUUAGUUAGUACUGAUAUUCAUUCCGGGUCAUCCCAAUAUAAGUUUUCUUAUUCGGUUGAAAUUGCUCCUAUUUGUCGUGAUGAUUUGGUUGUUUUACCUAAAAAACUUGCUCAUUCCUUGGGAAAUAUUCCUCGAUUAGUCCUUUGUUCCAAAAUCUCAAAUUCACUUCAAUUUAUAGAUCCAAAUACAUUACAAGUUGCCGAUUUAUCUGCUCAGCUUUAUUGGAGAACCCCAUUCCCUUCAUUAUUGGAUGCUACUCAAUUAGUUGAAUUUAUUGUGUUGGAUGUUGAACCAACUGGUGAUAUUAGGGGAAAACAUGUAUUAGCUGAUAUAGAAGUAUGUCGUGCUUGUGAUAUGGGAGUAAAUGAUCAUUCAUUUUAUGUUAGAACUCAUUUAGGUGGGAUUUUACAUCCUGGUGAUUCAUGUAUGGGAUAUUAUUUAUCAAAUACUAAUUUUAAUUCUGAUUUAUGGGAUACUUUAGAUACUGAUAAUAUUUCAGAAGUUGUAAUUGUUAAGAAACAUUAUGCAAGAAAAUCAAAGAAGGGUAAAUAUAGAAAAUGGAAAUUAAAGAGAAUGGCUAAAGAACGUAGUGAUAUUGUGGCCAAUGACGAUUCUAGACAAGCUAGACAAGAACAAGAACGUGCUGAAAGAGAUUAUGAAUUGUUCUUGCAAGAAUUAGAAGAAGAUGAAGAAUUAAGACAAACUAUUAACUUGUAUAAAGCAGGCGAUUUACCUCCUAUUAAACAUGCUGAUACUGAUGAGGUUGAUGAAGAAGAAGAUGCGCCAGAAAUUGGUAUUGAUGAAUUAUUGGAUGAAUUGGAUGAUAUGACUUUGGAAGAUACUCCAAUGCAAGAAGAUGAAUAA